AUGUCCGACAAGGCAGCAAAACGAGCCAAAUUCGAGCACGCGUGGACGCGCAUUCGGGACGAGCUGGUUGGGUAUGCAGCCGGCGAGGGUAUGCCCAAGGAGGCAGUUGAGUGGUACACCAAGAGCUUAGAUUACAAUGUUCCUGGCGGUAAACUCAACAGGGGAAUGUCUGUUGUCGACACCGCAGAGAUUAUCAAAGGCGCGAAACUCGACGAUGACGAGUAUUACAAGGCCGCGAUCCUGGGCUGGGGUGUCGAGUUGCUACAAGCAUUCUUCCUCGUCUCCGACGACAUCAUGGACAGCUCCAUUACGCGUCGAGGCCAACCCUGUUGGUACCGCGCUCCUGGAAUUGGUAUGAUUGCGAUAAACGACGGUUUCAUGCUCGAAUCUGCCAUCUACUACCUGAUCAAGAAACACUUCCGCUCCGAACCCUACUACGUCGACCUGCUCGAGAUCUUCCAUGAAACCACAUUCCAGACAGAGUUGGGCCAGCUGAUCGACCUCAUCACCGCCCCAGAAGACAGUGUCGACCUGAACAAGUUCUCGCUCGACAAGCACAGGCUCAUCGUCAUCUACAAGACCGCCUACUACUCCUUUUACCUCCCCGUCGCAUUAGCGAUGUACAUGUCGCGUGUUCCCGCCAGCUACGAGCUUGAUGGAAAGAAGAUUGAGCCAUAUAAGGUGGCGAUGGACAUUCUUAUUCCUCUGGGCGAGUAUUUCCAGAUCCAAGACGACUUCCUCGACUUCUCUGCGCCGCCAGAGAUCCUAGGCAAAAUAGGGACAGACAUCGUCGACAACAAGUGCUCCUGGUGCAUCAAUACGGCCUUGGCGGUCGUCACGCCAGAGCAACGCGCUGUUCUCGAUGCCAACUACGGCAAGAAGAACGAGCCCGCAGCGGAACAACGCGUCAAAGAUGUGUUUGAAGCUGUUGACUUGCGAGGGCGGUAUGCGAAAUACGAGGCGGAGGUUUACGGCAAGCUGAACGCGUUAAUUGCGGGUAUUCCAGAGGGUCCGCAACCCGGAACCCUCAAGAGAGCCGUGUUCACAAGCUUUUUGGAGAAAAUUUACAAACGUACCAAGUAG